CUAACUUCAGCGAAAGCAACUUUGAGUGCUCGUAGUCAACCAUUUUGCAGUUUCUCGCCAUGACUGCAUUGGUUUUGAGCACAAUUUUCUUACUGUUCUUUCCGAUUGUUUGCCAUGCUGCUGAAUAUGCAGUUGCCAUCCCCUACUCAGAUAUCAUACUAUUUAAUGAACCAAUAGUAUCGUUGUACGAAUAUGAAACCGGAUCCAACGACAUAUUUUGUGCGGUGUACGAAUUUCCUUUUACGCUAAAAAUCAAUGGAGUACCAACAAUUAAAUUCAACAAUAUUGCGUUCGUACAUAACCUAGAUGCAAAACGAUUUGUGAGAGCUUUUGCAAACAAUAACUGCGAUGACUUUGCUAAUAACCUGUAUGCAUCUGGUGACGUAAUCGAGUUCCAACUGUCUCCCGGAAAAGUGGCAUCAAUAUCCAAAGACAAAAGUGAGCUGAAGGAAGAGGGAACAAGCUUUAUGAAGUCACCGUGGACAAAAUAUAGUUGUGAGGUGUUAACCGGUAUGGAUCCAUCUAAGACCCCUACGACUUGCUUGAAACCUAGACCAGAAGAGAUUCUACAGUCUUUGGCCGAUUCUCAUGUCACCGGAAAGCGUGAUGCAGUUGUCUUGCCCUACAUGGAUUUCGAACGAUUUAAUAAACCAAUAGUAUCGUUGUACGAAUAUAAAACCGAAUCCAACAGCCUAUUUUGUGCGGUGUACAGAUCUACUUUUACGCUAAAAAUCAAAGGAAUACCAACAGGAUUCAACAGUAUUGCGUUCGUACAUGACCUACUUGCAAAUCAAUUUGUGAGAGCGUUUGCAAACAAUAACUGCGAUGACUUUGCUAAUAACCUGUAUGCAUCUGGUGACGUAAUCGAGGUCCAACUGUCGUCCGGAAGAGUGGCGCUAUUAUCCAGGGAGAAAAAUGAGCUGAAGGAAGCGGGAACAAGCUUUACGAAAUCACCGUGGACAAAAUAUAGUUGUCAACUGUCAGCCGAUGUGAAUCCAUCUAAGACCUCUACGACUUGCUUGAACCCUAGACCAGAAGACAUUCUACAGUCUUCUGCCAAUUCUCAGGUCACCGGAAAGCGCAGUACUCCCAUGUCUAGUUUAGAAACAUCCGUUACGGUCUCAUCUCAGCCCCCUGCUACGCGCAGUGCUCCUGUAGGAGGCAGAUAAAUCUUCCAGUAAGCGCAGCAACGCGUAGGAAGUUGUAAAUGUCCUCGAAAA